UGGCGAUUCUGGUCAGAGCAGUAGUGGAUGGUAUGGCAGAUCGCACUGGAGAGGUAGCGAGUGGAUUGAAGGGGAAAUUGCAGGAGCUCUUGGGCAGAGUGACUUCACGAGUGACAAAUGAUGGGGAGAUCUGGAGACUUUAUGCCCAACUUUAUGGAAAUGGACAGAAUGACAGCGGGGAAGAUAUCGAAAAGUCACUGCAGUAUCUCACUAAGGCACAUAAAUGUGAAAUCCAAUCAAGUGAUUGGGAGAAAGAUGUUUCUUCUUUUAAGGAAGUGGUGAAAGGAGCCAUAGAGAUUGCAUAUGUGGCUAUAAAAUGCAGCAAGAACAAAUCUAAUCGUCAGGAAGCUUUGCAGAUACUUUCUUCAGCUCGGCUCAACUUGCGUGGCUUGUCAUCCAAAGCAAAGCAGCUUUUUGUAGACGUAACAAGUAAUGAGGUUCACAGUGAGAUAGCUGAUGAGGUGACAACCAUGGACAACAUGAUUGCUGAACUUCAGGAACUGAGCAACCAGCUGAGAGACCAAUGCUGAUGUACAGACCGGAUUUCGUGACAGGUGGACAAUAAGGACAUGUUUCUUUUGCCACAGAUUUUGCUGAUGAAAUGGUAACAAUUCUAAUGCAACUCCAUUCUCAAUAAACAUUUUUCUGUACA